AUGAACGUCACCCAGGUGUUGGAGAGCACUUUGUCGCCAGAUGCGACGGCACGUGCCAACGCUGAGCAGCAGCUCCUCCAUGCGGCGGAGGUUGACUUCGCUCAAUAUCUCGUCGCUCUCGGCCAGGAACUGGCAAACGAAAACACUGCGUCCCACAUCAGAACGGCCGCCGGUCUUGCGUUGAAGAACUCUUUCACGUUUAGAGAUCUUGCUCGACUACGUGAGGUGCAGAACAAAUGGAUUAACCAGAUCAACCCCGAUAUCAAGCGCCAGGUCAAGGAGCUUGCGUUGAAGACGCUUGAAUCGAAAGAUGGCCGGGCUGGCCAGUCCGCCGCUCAGUUCAUCGUCUCGAUCGCCGCCAUCGAACUUCCUCAGAACCAAUGGCCGGAACUUAUGAACAUCCUGGUUCAGAACGUCGCUAGCGGCUCUGACCAACUGAAGCAGGCCUCGCUGGUCACGAUCGGUUUCAUCUGCGAGUCCCAGGACAUCGAGCUUCGCGAGAGCUUGGCCGCCCACUCUAACGCCAUCUUGACCGCCGUGGUCCAGGGCGCCCGCCGUGAAGAGACCAACCUGGACAUCCGCUAUGCUGCCAUCAAGGCCCUCAGUGAUUCCGUGGAUUUUGUGCGCGUGAACAUGGACAACGAAGGCGAACGGAAUUACAUCAUGCAGGUUGUCUGCGAGGCUACGCAGGCUGAGGAUCUCCGCAUCCAGGCGGGCGCAUUCGGCUGCUUGAACCGUAUCAUGGGAUUGUACUAUGAGAAGAUGCGCUUCUACAUGGAGAAGGCUCUCUUCGGACUGAGCGUCAUGGGCAUGAAGAGUGAAGAGGAAGACGUUGCUAAGCUUGCUAUCGAGUUCUGGUGCACCGUUUGUGAGGAGGAAAUUGCUAUUGAAGACGACAACGCUGCGGCCCAGGAUGAGGGUAUUGCUGAGAUGCGCCCCUUCUUUGGUUUUGCUCGCGUGGCUUGCCGCGAGGUCGUUCCCGUCAUUCUGCAGGCUAUGUGCAAACAGGACGAGGACUCUACGGACGACGAGUACAACGUUGCUCGCGCUGCCUACCAGGCCCUGCAGCUCUACGCUCAGUGCAUCCAGGGCGAUGUCAUCGCACCUGUGCUCGAAUUCGUUGAACAGAACAUUCGCCACGAGGACUGGCGGCAUCGGGAUGCCGCCGUGGCUGCCUUUGGCGCCAUCAUGGAUGGUCCCGACCCCAAGAUCCUCGAACCCCUUAUUAAGCAGGCCCUGGGCGUCCUCGUUGGCAUGAUGGAGGACAGCUCGAUCCAGGUCCGCGAUUCGGCCGCCUAUGCCCUUGGUCGCGUUUGCGACUUUUGCUCUGAGACUCUAGACCCUGACGUGCAUUUACAACCCCUUAUUUCGUGCCUCUUCAACGGCCUCGCUAGUACCCCUAAGAUCGCCAGCUCGUGCUGCUGGGCUUUGAUGAACGUUGCCGACCGUUUUGCCGGUGACCUCGGCGCCCAGACGAACCCUCUGUCGAAGCAUUUCCAGGAAAGCGUUAAAUCGCUCCUUACCUUGACCGAGCGGCAAGAUGCAGACAAUCAGCUCCGCACCGCUGGAUACGAAGUGUUGAACUCCUUCGUCGGCAAUGCUGCCAAUGACAGCCUUCCCAUGGUUGCCAACCUCUCCGAUGUCAUCAUUCAGAGACUGCAGCACACCGUUUCUAUGCAACAACAGGUUGUUAGCGUUGAAGAUCGCAUUACCAUGGAGGAGAUGCAGACCAGCUUGACCAGUGUCCUUCUGGCUAUCGUCCAGCGUCUUGAGACCGAAAUCAAGCCCCAGGCUGACCAUAUCAUGACCGUGGCGAUUCAGGUCCUGAACACCGUUCCCCCUAAGUCCAGCGUGCCCGACGUUGUCUUCGCCACGGUGGGUGCUCUUGCCAGUGCUUUGGAAGACGAUUUCGUCAAAUACAUGGAGUCGUUCGUCCCGUUCCUCUACAACGCCCUCGGCAACAAGGAGGAGCCCGCUCUCUGCGCCAUGGCCAUUGGCCUGGUUAGCGACAUUGCUCGUGCUCUGAACGACAAGGUUCAGCCCUUCUGCGACACAUUCAUGAACUACUUGCUUGAGAACCUGAGCACUUCCACCAACCAGCUGAAGCCUGCCAUCCUGGAGACUUUUGGCGAUAUUGCCCAGGCAAUUGGAACCAACUUCACCAAAUACCUGCCUACCGUUGCUCAGGUCCUCAACCAAGCUUCGCAAGUGACUACCAGCCCUGAUGUCAACAUCGAGAUGCUUGACUAUGUUGUCUCCCUCCGUGAGGGCAUUAUGGAUGCUUGGGGCGGUAUCUUGCUCUCCUACAAGGGCACCGCUGAAGUCUCUCAACUCCAGCCUUACGUCGAGACCAUCUUCCAGCUGCUCCACUUGAUCUCUCAAGAUUCCGGUCGUAGUGAAGGUCUCAUGAGAGCGUCUAUGGGUGUCAUUGGUGAUCUUGCCGAUGCAUUCCCCAACGGUGAAUUCGCCGCUUUCUUCCGCAACGACUGGAUCAACGGCCUUGUCACCGAGACCAGAAGGAACAAGGAUUUCGGUUCGCGUACCCUCGAAACUGCCCGGUGGACUCGUGAGCAGGUCAAGCGCCAAGUGGGCCUGUCGGCGGCUUCUAUGGCUUAA